AUGUCGUACCGUGAUUCACUUCGUAUCUAUCGCAGUCGCUCAGUUGAUCUUGGCUUUUUGUCAAGAGAAAGUUACCUUGCACAAUGGAACAGAGAGCGAACCCCAGUUUUCAACCAAGAACGAUAUCGAAGUCAUGUUAGGCGAAGCUAUACACCAGUCAGAGAGAUUGCAGCCCCAGUCUAUGACACCCAUCAACCAUUGACGUAUCGUGACCGUACGCCAAUAGCGAUGGUAACUGCUCCUUACCAUACCAACAUCCAUUACCGAUCUGAAGAUCAACCAUUCCGUAAAUACGAUGUGUUCGGUCUACGUACAUGGAGCUACCCGAUAUACAAAUAUGUCUAUGGACGGGAACAGGACCAUCGGCGACCGUAUUCGUACAAUUCAUUCUUUCGACAAUAUGGUACAACGUCGCUGUACACACCACCGCAAUUGGCUCCUGAAAGCCGUCCAAUCACUACCAGACGAGGGUAUUCUGGCUAUGCCUACUUAGCUAGUGAAACGAACUACGAUAUCGCCAGUCAACCGAGAAGCCUUAAAAACUACAUGUAUACUCGGACAUACUUAGGAACUGCGUAA